GAGCUCCACACCUGGAACAAGACCGUCAACGAGGCUUGGUCGCCUGGCAGAGGUGGAGACGGAAGUGGAUUCUGCCUUUGCCGCGUUAUGAUAGUGGUGGCGACGAGAAUGGAGACACUAAAGGUCUCCAUUCGGGAACUUGAUAACCUAGGCAAAGGUGCUUUAGAAAGGGGAGAUUAUCAAGAGGCCUUAAAAUGGUUUAAUAUGGCAUUUAUUCUUCAACCGGACGAUGUAACAUUGCUGGAAAACCAUACUUAUAUCCUGCUUAAACCUGAUUCCCCAAGGGCUCACUGCAUGAAAGACGUUGCCUGGAUGCUCCUCAAAAACUUCCUCCAGGCGUGCAAAUCAUAUAAAAGUACUAUUCAUCUGGAUCCGUAUACUAUCGAAAUUAAAAAGUUGUUUAGCAUUGCUGCGAAGGGUUUCCUGCUUGGCCUAGCUGAACAGAUCCUAAUUAGGACAGUGACAUUUUUACCAAAGCUUGUUCCUAAUUGUGAGUUUUUCUUGACUUUGCUUGAAUUGGCGAACGAAAACCCAAUGGAAGCUAUGGAUCUUCUUCGUCAGUUUUUUGACGGACAUGAAUUCCUAUUCUUAAACAAGAUUCUGCACCUGGAAAUUCUACUAACACUAGGUGUUGUUAGUCUGCUUUUUGUGUCUAUAUUCAUGAUAGCCCUUGUAUUACGUAGAAUUUCCCUUUCUGUCUAGGCAACACGUACAUAGCUAAUUGGCAUAGA